CCCUUGUUAUAAUCAGAAAACACAGUUUUCAUGAUGUAACAUUAAAUCUGGUUGCUUCAGUUAACAACAGUUUGAUGUCCAGAUGUCAAACACUUGAACACACCACUUGAGAACAGUUUGUGUCCAGGAAGUGUGGGGUCUGCAGCCCUUUUCCUGAUCCCAGUCCCAUACAGGUCCUGGAUGGAGGAAAGCACCAAUAACAACUGUACAAAAACCUCUGAAGAAGACAACUUUUUUCUUCACAAAAUAUUAGAUGUCGUCCAUGUGGCAACAGGAGGCAUCCGGUUAUUCCCCGUGUGUGGAGAUCGACUCCAGCUCCGUCAGGUCCAAGGACCGGCUCGGCUCUUCGAGCUGGCUAAAGCAAGAGCAGGAUGAGCUCUGUGGAAGAGCACAUCCUGCGGGAGAUGAGCUCUCCCGCAGGAUGUGGGAGAUCAAGUGGGAGAACUUCCAGGGCGGAGCGUCCUCCGACGCCGUUCAGGACAACACUCCCAGCAGCGCCAUGUCUGCUUCGUCAUUCGAGGGCUUGCCGCCGAGGGUGCUGCUCACCAUCACAAAACUGCAGUGCAUGCUGGAGAGCAAACAGGAGCGCAUCGCUGCCCUGGAGCGACAGGUGGAGGACCUGAUGCAGGAUCGCAAGUUUCUGCGCAGUCAAAUCGAAAACCUCACCACCAAUCGCUCCAUGGCACCGUUUGUUGCACCCAGUACAGCCACUGAGGCUCCCAAACCAAGCAAAAUGCAGCAUUCAGAAAACAAAUCUCGAAAGAGAGAAAGAGCUUCUUCUUCCUCGGCCAGCAGCGACAGCGGCUCGGAGGCAUCCGACUCCUCUGACGUGUCGGCGGCGUCGAGUGAGCACCGACGGAGAAAGCACCACAAGGACAAGAAAAGGUCAAAGAAAGGGAAAGACUACAGCAGGAAGAGAGCCACUGGCGUCCUGUACGUCAUUAACCGCUACAAACAGGUCCUCUCAGCCUUCAUCAAGAAGAAGAGCAUGAGUGAAGCCUUCCGUCACCACGGGAUCGACAGGAACACCAUCGCCAACACGGCGUCCAUCGCGGAGCUGCACCUUGCCGGGAAGGAAAUGAUCCCCCUGGUGGGCCAGUUUCGCCAAGGAGAAGAGACUCUGGUGAAUUACGCUCAGAGAUGCACUUUGGUCAUCGACAGAGACCCCGAACUGUCCAGAAAAAUCGACCAGAUGAAGGCGAACGGCCAGCUGCUGCCCAUAUCAGGGAAGAGGUCCAGGGUGCUGCAUUCUCACAUGCAGCCACUAGGGGAUGAUACAAAGAGCAUCUUAAUAGGCUGAUGCUUAAAGAAAAAACUCAAAGAAGAGAGGGAUGAUGGGUUUUCUUUCAGCUGAAGCUGCUGUUUUAUGUCGCACAUCCUUUAAUUAUUCUGUCUUUAUUUGUCACACAUUUCUGGGGAAAAUGUAGCAGUUAAACUCAGACGUUUUUAUCUCUGUAGUAGCAGAAAUAUCCACCAGAUGGCAGCAUUCACCUGUUAUUUGAUUCUCAUAAACUAUUUCAAAAUGGCAGAUUUUCAGGUUUCUUAUUUCCAAGUACUUGACUUUUAAUAGGGGUGUUUGACUUGUCUAAUUUAUCAAAUUUUUGUGAUAAAAAUAAUUUUAUUUAUUAAAAAGAUUUUGCUAUUUGCCUUUGUUUACAUUCAGGACGAUUUAAAAUGAGCCUGACAGAAUAAUAAAGCGAUAUUUAAUAAGUUUUGAUGAGGCCGGUUAAAAAAACCAUUUGAAAAUAACCUUUAGGCAGGAAUUAAACAUAUUUUUCAUUAAACCCACUUGACUUAUUUUAUAUCUGAUUUCAUAUUCUAACGGUAAAUGCUGAGUUGUCAUUAGAAAAUCAUCACAAUUAACAAAAAUUAAAGCUGGAAACCAACAGUCUGAGUGGAAUUAAUGUUCUUCAAGUAUAACAUAUAUAUAUAUGUGUGUGUGUGUAAAUGUGUUUAUGCUAUACAGGUGUGUAUUACUUUUAAUUGUAAGAAAGCUGAAACGUGUGGCAUGCAUUCGUUUUUGAGUCAAAACUUUGUAGAACUGCGUUUUGCUGCAAUUCUACCUCCAAAUGUUUUACUACAUUGAUCAAAGACUAAACAUACAGUGAGGAUGAGGCAGCAGAAGUAGAAAAUACUGCCACCUGCAGGUGGGAGUUAGCAUCGCUUCAACCCAAUAUUAACUAUUUUUGUGGAAAACUUGAAAUAAACUCACAAUUAUUCUGAAA